AUGGGCGAGGAGUACCCGCGCUCACCCUGCGAACGCUUCCCGGCGACGGGCGCGUUCAGCGUGGCGCCACCGGAGCGGCUCAGCCCACCGCCGCCCGCGCCGCUGCCGGAUCGGUUUUCGGCAUCCCCACGGAGGGUACGUCGUUGCGCCGAGGCCGAACGGGCACGGCGGCCGCGGUACGUGCCCCCAGCGGCUCAUGUGCCGGUGGAACGGUAUGUCCCGCGGCCACCAGCACCGCUGCGGCCACCGCCACCGGUCUACUGCGGGUUGGCGUGCCGGCCACCGCCUCCAGCGCCCCGCAAGUGCUGCGGGCCCGCCUGCCGCGAGGAUAUUUCUGGUUCGCCUCCCCCGUCCCGUUAUGUGGAAUACGUGGGAGCGGCUGCCGCACGACGACUUGCUUGCACGCCACCGCCACCGCCACCACCCGCACUCCAGUUGCCGUGCGAGCCGCAGGAGCCACCUUGCUGCGUACAGGCUCGGAGAAGACCGCAGCCUCCACAUGAUUGGUAA